CCCAAUAGCACAACGACACAUUGUGUGCUUGUAUGCUAGGGAUCGGAAACUAGCUACACAAAGACGAGGACGGCCUCAGCGCUUCCUCUUGCCCCACAGAUCCGUGACCAUACACGGGGUUGACACUUUUGCAGCUUGUUGACGUAAUUCUGUCAAUAGGAUCGUCAAUCUUACUAUAUUCUGGGUUUCAAGGCACGAUCACUGUCUUGUCGCUGGCCUUGAUCCAUGCCCAUCAGGGCCGAAGGGCUAUGACGCCGCUAAUUUUAUAGAUUACUUAGGACGGCUCUGACACCAUGGCUCCUAAAGGGAAGGCUAGCAGCGGCACGGACAGCAGCGGCGGCGGAGAGAAGGACCUUAGCUUCUUUCAAGAAGCAUUCAGUAAAUAUAGGGCCGAUCCUGAUGGCUUCUCUAAAAAGGGUGGGCAGCUAGCAGAGCUAGAACGGCUGAGCAAGGACGAUGGCGCUAGUGCUCAGGAGAAGCUCUUGGCUCGGCUGUGCCGUGCACGCAUUCUCUACGAGGCAGCCUGCAAAGACAAAAAGAUUAAGGAGCGCAUGGUUGAUUUCGCACAACUUGAAGGGAUCUUCGAGCAGCCCCCGCGCAGUUUAACAGCCGCAUGCUUGCUCACUGCGUGGUACUGGAAGACGACGGAGGCAGGCCACCAGUGGAGCGCGAUCCAGGACUUCAUCGGCAGCGUAGUUAGAAAGGCCAAGGGGCUGGACUUAAGCAACGAAGAUGAGUGGAUGGACCCGGCCGAAGAGGCUGUCGUGCGCGGCAGCAAGGAGAAGUUUGAGGACUUCAAGGAGGGUGCGACGAAGCUGGAUCGUCUCAAGGCGCUUAAGAAGCAGAUCGAGAAGUUCCAUCGAAAGGCGAAGGAAAAAGCGGAGCAGUCCCGCUCCGACACGGCCCUCAACAAACAAACCCUGCAAGCCUUCCUAGCGCAACAAGCAUCCCAGCAGCAGCCGCAGCCGGACAAGGAGAAAGACAAGGAGGAGGCCGACAAGGACAAAGAGCAGCGGCAGCAGCAGCAGCAGCCGGGCGAGGAGGAGACGCUGAGGGAGCGGGAGGCGCUGGAGGAGGUGCUGCGGCAGGAGAAGGUGCAGGAGGAGGUGGAGCGGGAACGCAGGCGGUGUUUUGAGCUGCUGGGGGACAAGCUGCGGGCGGCGGGACCCGAGGGCAGCGAGGGCCGCGUGGCGGGUCUCUGUCGGCUGUUCGAGCUGGAGUGGUCGGAGUUCGCUGCCUCGCUGCAGUCCUUCCUGGAGCGGGUGCUUGGGGAGCUGGGCUACCCGGCCUCCUGUCGCGCCCUCUACUCCCAGGUGCUGUCCGCCCAGCUGUCCCGCUUCCGAACCACGGGUCGCUGGCUGCGGCACCUGCAGCCCGACCUGCGCGCGGUGGUGUGCUGGCAGCACAACUCCGACCCCGCGGCGCUGCUGGGGCUGCCGGCGGGGGGGGCGGACAGGGCG